AUUGUAUAAAAACUUACCUUAUUUUUCCAUUUUUAAGAAACUCAUUAUUCAACUUCAUCUCAAACACUAAAAAAAAAACACAGAAAAAUGUCAAAGUUGGGAUUCGAACAUGAGAUCACUGAGCUAAGGCUAGGGCUUCCUGGUGGAACAAGACCUUCAUGUGACCAAUCAGGGGAGAUAAAAAAUGAAAAGAAAAGGGUGUUUUCCGACACCGAGAAAGUAGCGGUGGCGGUGGCGGUGGUGGCGAGUAACAAGGUUCCGGCGGUAGGGUGGCCGCCGGUGUGCUCGUACCGGAGGAGGAGCAUUGGUAGUGAAAAGGAAUGCAUGGAAGCUUCUAAGAGGUUAAUCAAGAUUAGCAUGGAUGGUGUUCCUUUUCUUAGGAAAAUUGAUGUUAAUUGUUAUCAAGAGUAUUCUGAACUUGUUUCUGCUGUUGAAAAUCUCUUUACCUGCUCUGGAAUUAAAGAGGCAUUGGAAGAUGCGGACAAUUCAGAGUACGUUCCCAUUUAUGAAGACAAAGAUGGAGACUGGCUACUUGUUGGUGAUGUCCCAUGGAAUAUGUUUGUUGAGUCGUGCAAGAGAUUGAGGAUCAUGAAAAGAGCAGAUGCAAAGGGUUUCGGUUUGCAGUCUAAGAAGCAUUGCCAUGAAUGAAUGAUCAUAUCGAUGUUAUUUUUCGAUGCAUGGACGAGUUAAAAAACUUUACACAAAUCGUAGACUCUUUAAUAUCAAAGUAUUAAGAGAUACAUACAUAAUAUGAUAAUAGUAGAUGCCUUAUCUAGAACACUUAUAUUACAUGGCUUCUUUUGUUAUAAAUUUAUUUAUUUAUUGUGUUUAUUUUAUUUUAUAACUUUUAGCUAGAAAUAAUUCAUAUUCUAGCUAUAUAUAUUUAAUUAUUUAUGUAUCA